GUCCCGUUAGAUCUGACCCUUGCACACACACAAACAUACAAAUGACAUGAGGAAGCACUGUAAACACUCUUUUACAUAUUCUGAUUGUUAUAGAACACACGAGGAGGAAUAAACGGGAACUUAUGAGGACUGACUAUGGAGUCAGUAAGUGCAGAGGAGUUUACUGUGGAGGCAGUCGAAAGGGCUCUUCAGCAGCUCUAUUAUGACCCUAAUAUGAGCCAGAAGAAUGUGGCCCAGAAGUGGCUGACACAGGCCCAGGCAUCACCACAAGCAUGGCACUUCUGCUGGGCUUUACUCCUCCCAGACAAGGUUCCUGAGAUACAGUUCUUUGGAGCCAGCACAUUACAUGUUAAAAUCUCCCGAUAUUGGUCUGACCUACCAGCUGGCCACCUGGACUCCCUCCGCUCGCAGCUCAUUGCCCAGGUUGGCCAGUUCGCCUCAGGGCCCAAGCUGGUGCUUACCAGACUCUGUGUUGCUCUGGCCUCCUUGGUCCUCCAUAUUUUACCAGAAAAGUGGCCAACUGCAAUCCCAGAUCUGCUAUGUGCCUUCCAAACAGGAGAGGGUGUGACAGAGGCCGACGGUCAAACCCGAUGCCUCGCUCUUCUAGAAGUCCUCGCUGUUCUGCCCGAGGAGCUUCAAACCACCCGUAUAACAGCCUCUCGCCGUUCCCAGCUGAGAGGCGCCCUUGGAGGGGAAUGGAGCUUGGUCUGUCCCCUACUUCAGCAGCUAAUACAGAGGGUGGACGCACCUGGUCAGGUUAAAGAGCGGGUGCUGAGGUGCGUGUCUUCUUGGCUCACUUUGGACAUUGCUUUAAAAGACAGCAAGGGACUUUUGCAGAGUUGCUUUACCUUGCUGAAAGAGUCUGAGCUCUUUGACACGGCUGUGGAGACCAUCGUCAGCAUCAUCUCACAGCCUGAUUGUCAGAGGUUUGCAGACAGUCUGUUAAAGAUGGUGCCGCAGGUGCUUGCUCUUCAGGAGCAGCUAAAGAAAGCUGUGCAGGAUGGAGACAUGGAGACCUCAUAUGGAAUCUGUCGCAUUGCUGUCGCUUUGGGAGAGACUCACUGCAGAACUCUUCUGGAGCAGGUGGAUCACUGGCAGUGUUUUCAGGCUUUGGUGAACAUGAUUCUGUCCUGUACCGGGAUACCUGGACACUACCCCGUAGAUGAAACGUCCAGCACUCUUACACUAACAUUCUGGUACACGCUACAGGAUGAUAUUACAUCCUUAGAUGCUGAGAGGCAGACUCUCUAUAUGCAGAUCUACAGACCUGUGUACUUCCAGCUAGUAGAUGUUCUUCUGCGGAAGGCUUGUUUUCCUAAAGAUGAGGACUACGUCACAUGGUCUGCAGAUGACAAGGAGCAGUUCAGGACCUACAGGGUUGACAUCUCAGAUACUCUGAUGUAUGUUUAUGAGCUUUUGGGCCCAGAGCUCCUCAGAAACCUGUAUGAUAAGUUAGGUGCUCUGCUGACGGAUACAGCACAUCCAUCCCAAUGGCAGGAUAUAGAGGCUCUGCUGUUUGGCUUUCAGUCUAUUGCUGAGACAGUAGAUGUGAAUUACUCAGACGUCAUUCCAGGACUGAUCGGUCUGAUUCCAUUAAUAAGAGGCAACAGUAUUCAGCUGGCUGAGACCAUCAUGUUCACCAUAGGUUCUUUGGCUGAGUGGUUGGCUGAUCAUUCAAUCAUGUUGUCGAGCAUUUUACCUGUGGUUUUACACUCUCUGCCCAACCCUGAUCUAUCAGUGUCUUGUGUCUCAGCUCUAAAGAAAAUCUGCAGGGAGUGUCGACAUGACCUGCGUCCUCAUGCUGGUGACAUCUUGACUGUCUCACAGGCAGUGCUUGCCAAAGACAUCCAUAAAAGCCCUCAGUGUAUGUGGUUGAUGCAAGGGUUGGGUUACCUGCUGUCAUGCCUGUCCAGUGAAGAGAUUCCAGGAAAGCUUCUCGCUCUGGUCACACCUCACAUCCAACAGCUGGAAAAACUUGCCAGUGAGCCGCCCAGCUCUAGUAACAAGUGUCCUAUUGUUCACAUCCUUGGCCUGCUGUCCAGUCUCUUCUCCACAUUUGACAUAAAUGAGCAAAAUGAAACAUUGGACGUCAUGAGAACUAGCCAGAUACAGCCACGUGACAACCCGGUGGUGCUUGUUCUUCAGCAGACUUUUCCUUUGAUCCAAAUCAUUGUCAGCAAGUGGCUUAAUGAAGCCGAGGUGGUAGAGGCAGUGUGUGCUGUCUUUGAAAAAUCCCUGAAGACCCUCAUACAUGACUUCUCACCCCUGGUGGCACAGCUAUGUGAGCUCAUUGGUCAGCUGUUCAGUGCCAACCCACAGUCCUCUGCUUUGGACCUCACACGACAGUUAGUUCACACAUUCGUCUGUGAGAAGGAUUUCUUUUCUCCAAUCAUUGCUCUGUUGGAGCUCAUCACCAACAUUACAAUGUCUAUUUUUCAGCUUGGUUCAAGGGAUCAUCCAGAUGUGGUGGAGUCAUUUAUGCAGCUACACACUCAGGUUUUGCGAAGAAAACCUGACCUUUAUCUUACAGAAAAUCUUGAUAUUAAUGCUGUUUUCUACUGUGGAAUCUUGUCAUUCAAAUUCCCUGAGACUCCAACACUAAAGGCAACGUGUUUGCUAUUUACAGAGUUGGUCUCUCACUGUGAGGAUAUCCCAGCUGUGAGGAAGGUGCUAGAAGAGGAUGGAAAGCUGCUCCUUCAAACCUUACUGGAGGGUGCUGGGGGUGAGUCUCCACGGAGUCUGAUCGAGGACUAUGCGGAGGUCUUAUUCUCAAUGAGCUGUAAUUGUCCCGGCGUGCUCUCUCUGUGGCUCAGAGAGGUUCUUCUCCUUCCCGGCUUUCCAAGCUCACACCUCACCGUUGAGCACAAAGAGCGGUUCUGUCAGCAGAUCCUCAGGGAACAAGUGAACAAGCAUCAGGUGAAGGACAUUGUGAAGGAGUUCGCUCUAUCAAGUCGGGGACUACAGGGCACAGAGUAUGCAGCAGAUUACUGAAGAUCCAGCUGACCUUGCAUUUAGUAUUGUAUUAAUAUUUUUAAAAUACAUUUACCUUCUAACAAGACUGCACUAUUUUGAAUAGAAUAAAGACAUAUUGAGAACA